ACAGUAGUCUGCAUUAUACUGUACGAAUGGCAAGUGCAUGGAGCCUGGGUUUAUGGAAUGGUGGUGAACUAGUAUGUAACCAGUUUUUCAAUCAUUCCUUCUCUCUCCUAUUUUCCUCCCUCCCCUCUUCCUCUCCGACCCAGGGAGUAGACAACAGUCGUAGACUGACAGCUAUUCACGAGACAGCUCACAUUGACCAGUUCUUCUGGGGAGUGGCCACAGAGGAGCCUCCAUCAGAAUACCUCGUGGAGUCGCUCAAGCUGGUCGAGGCUACCUUGAGGACAGACGGCCGUCCAGUAAUGGCGAUCCCUACCUGGUGUGUGAGGCUCUGGUCCGUACUGCAGUCCUGGAUGACUGGACUGACUUUGACUGGACUAACAUGCCCUCUAAACCUUGACUGACUUUGUCUCUACUAGCUACCACUGAUUGUACACCAACUGAAAUAUCUGGUUUACUUUUUCACCAUUAGUUU